UUACUUCCUUUUUGCUCCGCUAAGGUGGCCGCUGCAAGAAAGAGCGCUCUGCGCUGUUCCCAGUCUGUGAACGCCUCUCUCUCUCUCUCUCUCUCUCUCUCUCCCCCCCUCUCUUGUGAGUACGGAAAUGGCGGACGAGCGGAAGCGGCAGGAAGUUUCCGAGGCGGCGGAGAGCGAGGAGGCGACCUUGGCAGCCGUGAAGAGGCAGAGGACCGCACCAGACGAGGAGGAGAAAGAGAAGGAGCAUGCAGGCGGCGGGACGGCCGACGUCGGGGAGGACAUCCUGGCGUGGCUCACUGACCUCGACGAGAAAGCAGUGCUGGAGCUCAUGAAGAACCUCUUCGAGCCACCCUACCCCGACCCCGCCGUUGCAGGGAAGGUCAGCUUCUCCGACGACCCCUGGUCACCGGCGCAGCAGCCGUCCUACAUCACCAUCAACACCGGGAACGAGGAGAGCUGCGGGUCGUCCUUCUCCGACGCCCCGUCCGUCAUGGCCAGCUUCGACGCCAGCGGGAUCGCGGGAGGAGCUUGGGGCCGCCAGCUCACGGGAGACGAUGAGGAGAAAUCGGCGGCGUGCUAUGACAUGGUGGAGUGGGGGUUCCUGGCGGACGACGACGGCGACGACGUGCUAGCGAGGUUCUUAGGUGAGGACCUGCUCUGACUCCAUUUCAACAAGAAACACACUGACAGGAGUAGCCAUUGUAGGUACAGCUUGUAGCUAGGCUAGGGUUUAAUCUAGGGUUUAUGGAGGGGUUAGGAAGAAGAAGAAGGAUGGAGUGGUCAAUGCCUUUGCUUUUUUGGCUUGGACAGAAACAGAAAAACUGUGAAUAGGAAGAAAAUAAUACAGAAAACAGACACAAUUCCGUCUCCCCUUUCAGGUGGAAAAUGGAAAAGGAAAACUGUUUUCUGUUGAAAACGGGAAAUGCUUUUGGUUGUCUUUUAUAUACCGGAAGUGGAAGCAAGCCCAAGGCUAUGGCUAUGGGGACAAAGAGUAAUGGGGGAGAGAGCAGUGAAUUUCUUGAAACUGCAAUCCCUCGAAGUUGGCAGCUUUUUCUUCUUCAAAUCAUUUAAUGCUGGCAUUGUUCGUUCCUUGAUUUUCUGAUAGACGAAAGAAAUUUCGGAUUUCGAACCGCACUGCUGAAUGAUCUCCGCGCCAUGGAAUGAAAAGAGGAUACGAUUUGAUGGCUCUUUGAAUGGAUUGCAUUGCUCGUUUCUCGUCAUUGUCAUGGCCACCCGGUAUCCGGCCAUGUAUUUGGUCCGUGAUGGAGUGGAUGAUCCGACUUGAGUUCCUGUUGUUCGCCGGUGCUUGUUUAUCAGGGCAGCUUUCCCAUCCGCGGCAUCCGGCAGUCGAUAUUAACACGACAUUGUAAUGUAAAUAUGACGUGAAGUUCGCAACAUGCGGAUCACGUAGAAUCGAUUCUUCGGUUCGCCAAAUACAAGAAAAAGAAAAAGAAAAAGUAAAUAUUAGAUAAGAAGAAAAAGAUUUAUUGUUGUAUAGUAUAGAUAAUGUCAGUAAGGUGGGAGCAUCGGAGCUCGUGGAGUGGCAAAAUG